AUGCACCCAAAACAGAUUCCAUUAAAUCUAACGGACGAGAAACAGCCUUACACUUACGAUGAAGCACUCAAGGAAGCCGGGUUUGGACGAGCGCAAAUUUCGCUAACCAUUCUGUGCGGAUUCUGCCUUAUGGCCUCCGCAAACGAGUCCAUGGGGGUUGGUAUUAUUUUGCCGGCCAGCCAGUGUGAUCUUGAGCUUGAUCUGUCCCGGAAAGGUCUGGUCGGUGGAGCGGUAUUUCUUGGAGUUAUGAUCUCUACCUACUAUUGGGGUUACCAAACCGAUAUCCAAGGACGUCACGCGGUCCUGAGAAAGACCUUACUGGCUGCUACCAGCUGUUCCCUCGUCGCUUGCUUUGUCAACAAUUUCCAUUUACUUUUGGCGCUGCGGUUCUUGGUUGGAUUAUUCAUCGCAGCUCCAGGCUCAACCGGAAUUGUGUACUUGGGAGAAUUCUGUCCUGCCAAAUAUCGGGGGCAGAUGAUCAGCUAUGCUUGCGCAAUUGCUGGGUUCGGAUUUUUCUACGUUGCAGCGAUGGCCUGGUGGAUUUUAUCGUAUGAUUGGUCGAUUUCAAUCACCAACAAUUUUACGAUUCGCCCAUGGCGACUACUCUUUGUGGUCAAUGCCCUUCCUGGAUUUAUAUCCGGACUCCUACUUUGUUUCUAUCCAGAAACUCCGCGAUUUCUUCUGGAGCAGGGUCGAUGUGACGAAGCAUUGGACGUGUUUCGCUGGAUUCAUCGACACAACAAAGGCGCUGAUUCUCCAUUUGAGGUACACUCUCUAAAGUCGGAAAGCCAUCCACCGGAAGUUCCAAACCAACAGCCUGCGCUAUUGCAAAAGUUACGGAACCAAAUCACUCCCCUGAUGAAAUUUCCACACUCCAUUUCUUUGCUAGUUUGUUCCUUCCAAACUGUUAGUGUCUACGGAACUUACGGUGGAUUAGGCAUCUGGUAUCCUCAAAUCAUGAAUCUCGUUUUUUCAACACAAGGCCCAACGGAGAGUGCAAUCUGUAGUAUCAUCCAAUUAAACAGAACAAGCACCACCACCAUGGAUCCGGCCGAUAGUUCCACCUGCGACGACACAAUUCGUCCGGAAACGUACAUCUACACACUCAUCCUGGGUGCGCUAGUAGGAACCUAUACGUUGCUGAUUUCGAUAUUACUCAGUCGCUUCGGAGAGAAAACAUUGAUUUACGCUAACCUGAUCGCUGCAGGCGGUGUUGGCGUUAUACUGCAAUAUGUAACGCACACCUACGUAGCCGCCAUAUUGUUCUGCGUUGAAAUAACCGUUGCAGCCGUUAGCAUAAUUCUUGUACGAUCGAUGCAGGUGUCACUGUUCCCGACGCGGGUUAAAGGUACAGCUGUAUCUUUGACUGCUUUGAUUGGACGUGUCGGGCAGCUGAUCUCCAACGUAGUAACCGGGGUGCUGAUCGUUCAACACUGCACUCUUACGCUCUACUUCAUAGCAAGUCUUCUUUUCAUCAGUGCCGCACUGAAUGCUCUGCUACAGCAAUAG